CCGGAAUGUGCAACAUGUGCGUUUCAUUUCAAUUCCUGCCUCGCUCGCUCACCACAAAGGUCUCAAAAAGACAGCCCCCACUGCAAUGGCCGCCUCUUCCUGCUCCAUCUUCCAAUCCUACGCUCUCUCCCUCAAACCCAAAACCCCCCCUCCUCCAAACCCACCUCCUAAAUGUCAUUUCUUUCCAAUCAAAGCAUCCACUAACUCUACUCCUUCCCCUACACCACCAAAACACACAGUAUCCAAGCCACGCCGCCCCGCUGACGAGAACAUUCGCGAUGAGGCCCGCCGCAACAACCACAUCCACUCCCACCGCUUCUCCGCCAAGUACGUCCCAUUCAACGCCGACGCUUCGGCAUCCACGGAGUCUUACUCCCUCGACGACAUCGUCUACCGCUCCGUAUCCGGCGGCCUCCUCGACGUUCAGCACGACAUGGCCGCCCUGAAAAACUACGACGGCAAGCACUGGCGCGACCUCUUUGAUUCCCGUGUCGGCAAGACAACGUGGCCCUAUGGCUCCGGCGUCUGGUCCAAAAAGGAGUGGGUCCUUCCCGAGAUCGACGGCGACGACAUCGUCAGCGCCUUCGAGGGCAACUCCAACCUCUUCUGGGCCGAGCGUUUCGGGAAACAGUUUCUGGGCAUGAACGACCUCUGGGUCAAGCACUGUGGGAUCAGCCACACUGGGAGUUUCAAGGAUCUAGGCAUGACCGUGCUAGUGAGCCAAGUCAAUCGCCUCCGCAAAAUGAACCGCCCUGUCGUCGGUGUCGGAUGUGCCUCUACCGGAGACACCUCCGCCGCUCUCUCAGCUUAUUGCGCCUCCGCCGGAAUCCCAUCCAUUGUCUUCUUACCCGCAAAUCGAAUUUCGAUCGCUCAGUUGGUUCAACCAAUCGCAAACGGUGCAUUCGUUUUGAGCCUCGACACAGAUUUCGACGGCUGUAUGCAGCUAAUCCGGGAGGUAACCUCAGAAUUGCCUAUUUAUUUAGCGAAUUCGCUGAACAGUUUGAGAAUAGAGGGUCAAAAAACCGCGGCAAUUGAGAUAUUGCAACAGUUUGAUUGGCAAGUACCCGAUUGGGUCAUUGUCCCGGGCGGAAAUCUCGGGAACAUAUAUGCGUUUUACAAAGGGUUCCAGAUGUGUAAAGAGUUAGGCCUUGUUGACAGGAUUCCCAGGCUUGUUUGUGCUCAAGCGGCAAACGCGAACCCACUGUACUUGCAUUACAAAUCAGGGUGGAAAGAUUUCAAGCCUGUGAAAGCGAACACCACGUUUGCGUCCGCCAUUCAAAUUGGCGAUCCGGUUUCGAUUGAUAGAGCGGUGUAUGCGAUUAAGAAGUCAAAUGGGAUCGUCGAGGAGGCAACCGAGGAGGAAUUGAUGGACGCAAUGGCGCAGGCGGACUCUACUGGGAUGUUUAUAUGUCCGCAUACGGGGGUGGCAUUGACAGCCUUGGUUAAGUUAAGGAAUAGUGGGGUGAUAGGGCCUACGGAUCGGACGGUGGUGGUGAGCACGGCGCAUGGGCUGAAGUUUACGCAGUCGAAGAUUGAUUAUCACUCCAAGAAUAUCAAGGAUAUGGCGUGUCGGUUUGCGAACCCGCCCGUGCAUGUUGAAGCGGAUUUCGGGUCUGUUAUGGAUGUAUUGAAGAAGUAUUUGCUGAGCAAGGCACCUAAGCAUUAGGCCUGACUGUGAGCGCGGUGGGUUCUGCUCAUGUACUUUAUCUCCCGCUCAUUUGGUUUGGUGGGCAUUUGUGUUAUCAUUUUAUUUCCUUCGCUGGACGACAAGGAAGUGGUUAUGAUAAAAGAACAAAGAAUCUUUUUUCUAGCCCUUUGCUGGUAGGAAGAGGUCCAAGUAGUAAGGCAGCAUUCGACUUUGGAUGAGUUCGUUGUCAUUUGAAUUCGGCGGCGUUUCUGCUGGUGAGCUUUUAGUUUAAGGUACUUACAUGUGGGUUAUGUGCUGUUGUUUGUUGGAUAAUACUCUUGCGUUUUUCGUUGUUGUAUGGUAUCUAGUGCUUAGUAGGAGAUAUGAAUUUCCUCUUUUUCAGUAUUUAUGUGCUUCAAGAAGCAUUUGUAGUUGUUUUCUAGCUCUCGUUUAACUUGUUGGAACCAAAUAAUUUGAGUUGUCCAGAUAUGUGGAGCUGCAUUUAUGGAGUGA